AUGGAAGGCAACAUGGAGACGCAGACCUCUGAGGCAGAGCAUGGUUUCACCCAGGUUACCCGCAAGGGUGGCCGGCGCCCAAAGAAACGGCCUGCUGGAGAGAGCGAAGACGCGGCCCGCAUGGACACGGAGGAGAACCGGCCCGCGAAGAGACCUGUCUUCCCGCCUCUUUCGGGGGACGGGCUGAUGGGUGGGAAAGAAGAAACAAGAAAAAUUCCCGUCCCAGCUAACAGAUACACACCACUUAAAGAGAAUUGGUUGAAGAUAUUUACUCCUGUUGUAGAGCAUUUGGGACUUCAAAUACGCUUUAACUUGAAAUCAAGGAAUGUUGAAAUCAGGACUUGUAAAGAAACCAAGGAUAUUAGUGCUCUGACAAAAGCAGCUGACUUUGUGAAAGCCUUUAUUCUAGGAUUUCAGGUGGAGGAUGCACUUGCGCUCAUCAGGCUGGACGACCUCUUCCUCGAGUCUUUUGAAAUUACAGAUGUUAAGCCUCUAAAGGGAGACCACCUCUCAAGGGCAAUAGGACGAAUUGCUGGCAAAGGAGGAAAAACCAAAUUCACCAUUGAGAACGUGACACGGACACGGAUCGUUUUGGCUGAUGUGAAAGUUCAUAUUCUUGGUUCAUUUCAAAACAUCAAGAUGGCAAGAACUGCCAUUUGCAACCUCAUUCUGGGAAAUCCUCCAUCAAAUGUUUAUGGGAAUAUUCGUGCUGUGGCCAGCAGAGCAGCAGAUCGGUUCUGA